UCUCCGCCUCGGCCGCCGUCCGGGUCCCCCUCAGGCGCCGAGAACCCCGCGAGUGCCGGGCGGGCCAGGGCGCGCAGACAUGGGCGGCCGCUCCCGAGCGCGCUGGGCGGUCGCGGCGCUGGGCGUCGCGGGGCUGCUGUGCGCCGUGCUGGGCGCCGUCAUGAUCGGCAUGGUGCCCUCGAUCAUCGAGCAGCAGGUCUUCAAGAACGUGCGCAUCGACCCCCAGAGCCUGUCCUUCAACAUGUGGAAGGAGAUCCCCGUCCCCUUCUACCUGUCCGUCUACUUCUUCGAGGUCAUCAACCCCGACGAGAUCCUGAAGGGCGAGAAGCCGCUGGUGCAGGAGCGCGGGCCCUACGUGUACCGCGAGUUCAGACAUAAGACCAACAUCACCUUCAACGACAACGACACGGUGUCCUUCCGGGAGCACCGCAGCUUCCAGUUCCAGCCCGACAGGUCCUGGGGUGACGAGAGCGACUACAUCGUCCUGCCCAACAUCCUGGUCCUGGGCGCGGCCACGAUGAUGGAGCACAGGCCCACCAGCCUGAAGCUCCUCAUGACGCUGGCCUUCAGCACGCUCGGGCAGCGUGCCUUCAUGAACCGCACGGUGGGCGAGGUGAUGUGGGGCUAUGAGGACCCCCUGGUGAACCUCCUCAACAAGUACUUCCCAGACAUGCUCCCUGUCAAGGGCAAGUUCGGGCUGUUCGUGAAGAUGAACAACUCAGACUCUGAGGUCUUCACGGUGUUCACGGGGGUGCAGAACUUCAGCAGGAUCCACCUUGUGGACAAGUGGAAUGGGCUCAGCAAGGUCAGCUACUGGAACUCGGAGGGGUGCAACAUGAUCAAUGGGACUUCUGGGCAGAUGUGGCCGCCGUUUAUGACUCCUGAGUCGUCACUGGAGUUCUACAGCCCUGAGGCAUGCAGGUCCAUGAAGCUCAUCUACAAAGAGCCUGGGGUGUAUGAAGGCAUCCCCAUCUACCGCUUUGUGGCCCCUAAAACCUUAUUUGCCAACGGCUCUGUCUACCCACCCAACGAAGGCUUCUGCCCGUGCCUGGAGUCCGGCAUCCAGAACAUGAGCACCUGCAGGUUCCAUGCGCCCCUCUUCCUCUCCCACCCCCACUUCUACAAUGCUGACCCUGUGCUGACACAAGCGGUGCUCGGCCUGCACCCCAACCCCGAGGAGCACGCCCUGUUCCUGGACAUCCACCCGGUCACCGGCAUCCCCAUGAACUGCUCCGUGAAGCUGCAGCUCAGUCUCUACAUCAAAGCUGUCCGAGGCAUCGGGCAAACCGGGAAGAUCGAGCCGGUGGUCCUGCCGCUGCUGUGGUUUGGCCAGAGCGGGGCCAUGGAGGGCGCGCCGCUGCGCACGUUCUACACGCAGCUGGUGCUGCUGCCCCUGGUGCUGCACUACGCGCAGUAUGUGCUGCUCGCCCUGGGCGGCGCUCUGCUGCUCGUGCCGGUCGUGUACCAAGUCCGCAGCCAGGGUGCCAAGGACUCCGGGAGCCUCCCAAGCCUAGCCACUCAGCCAGACCGGUCCCCCAGCCCCUGCACCCCGCUUCUUGAAGACUCUGUCUGCAGACGGCCCACCAGCCCCACAGCCUGACCCCAGUGCCACCUACCUGCUGGUGUGCCACGCGUGUCCGGACAUGAGCUGGUGCUUGGGGACAGAGCCACCACUGUGGAGCCUAGGGAGGGGCCGCCCUCCUCUCUGCGUGGCUGGGCCGGCCAGGCCCUGGCUACCGCACUGCCACCCGUGCUUCCCUGGCCAGGUGUUGUGGCGCUGCUGGUCACUCAUCCACGCAGAGAGGCCAGGCGGGGCCAGGCGGCGGAUGCUGGCCACCCGCAAGGGCUGCCUCAGGGUCUCCUGUGCACAGAGCCCCAGUCCCUGCGACCACAGGCCCAGGGUGUCACCUGCCCCCCCCCCCCCCGCCUCCUCCCAGUGCAGGCCCCGCCCAUCCCCUCACAUCCUCAGCUCUCAGGUGCCAAGCAGAGGCCAGGAUGCCCGGGCAGGGCCCGGGUGCGCCCAGGCCAGGGACCGGCCGCUGCCCCUUUUCUACUGGAAGAGAAAUUGUGUCAACUUUUACAAGGAAUUCCUCAUUGAAACAAUAAACCUUUCUGAAAGGUGAA